CCGUGUUCUAGGCUCUGGGGAAACAAAAAGCCCUGUGUUGGUGGAGCUUACAUUCUAGAGGGGAACACAGGCAAGCAGUAAGAAAGCAAAUACACGAAGAAGAUACUUUCAGAGAGUGGUAUGUGCAGUGAAAAGACAAGAGCAAUGAGAUAGAGAGUGGUUGGCGGAGGCCUGGGGAUGCUGCUUUAGCUCAGGCAGAGCAGCCCCUCCGUGACAUCUGAGCCAAGACCUGAAGGCUAAGCAGGAGGUAGCCACGUGAAGACUCUGAAGAAGGGUCCUCAAGACAGCGCCUGCCCAGGGCAAAGAAAUCAUUACAUUCUGAGAAGGAAUCGUGACAUCCAGUUUAUGUUUUAAAAAAAAAAAAAAGGUCAUUCCAGUUGCCAUGGAGAGGAUGGUCAGGCCUAGAUUUCGGAUUAUGGACGACUGGCCAGGCUACGACUUGAAUUUGUUCACGUACCCACAGCACUAUUACGGAGAUUUGGACUAUGUCCUCAUCCCUCAUGGCAUCGUUGUGGACAGAAUUGAACGGCUGGCUAAGGAUAUUAUGAAAGACAUAGGAUACUGUGACAUUAUGGUCCUGUGUGUACUUAAAGGAGGCUACAAGUUCUGUGCAGAUCUGGUAGAACACCUUAAGAACAUCAGUCGAAAUUCCGAUAGAUUUGUCUCUAUGAAGGUUGAUUUCAUCAGACUAAAAAGUUACAGGAAUGACCAGUCCAUGGGCGAGAUGCAGAUAAUUGGAGGUGAUGAUCUCUCAACACUGGCUGGAAAGAAUGUCCUCAUUGUCGAGGAUGUUGUCGGAACCGGGAGGACCAUGAAGGCAUUGCUCGGUAGCAUAGAGAAAUACAAGCCCAACAGGAUUAAGGUAGCCAGUUUGUUGGUGAAGAGAACACCUAGAAGUGAUGGCUUUAGACCUGACUAUGCUGGAUUUGAGAUCCCAGACUUAUUUGUGGUGGGUUAUGCCUUAGAUUACAAUGAAUACUUCAGAGAUCUGAACGAAUAUUCUGGGCACUUGGCAUUCAUAAUCCCAGUGAAUUUCCACCACUGCCCAGCAAGCACAUAUGUGUGAUCAAUGAACACGGCAAAGAAAAGUAUCGAGUCUAAAGAAGUAAUUUUCACCAUCGAAUCUACAGAUAACAUCCUACUGACGACUACACUCAGGAAGCCAGCAUGUAAAGUUUGUCUCCCAGGCAUGUUCACUCAGCAGGAUUUAAAAGGAAAAAAAAAAUUUUAAUGAGCGAGCUUUCUUUUCUGAGAUUAUAACAUAACAUGAAGAGUCCCAAAGGUUCUCAAGGAAAAGAAAGCAAUUCUUUUAUUCGACUUGUUCCAAAUUAAACACCUGCCUUGCGACUCAAACUGCCUUCACACCCCUGAGAUACACCUUCUUUUGUUCUGAUAAAGUCGUUAUGCUUGAUUACUAUACCGCCACCUAGUUACUCGAAUAUUUUUCACUUAACUUUUUUUUUUUUUUAAAUACUUUACUUUGGUAAUAUUUUGCAAUCUUAAAACCUGGAAGCCUUUUUAUUGAACCUCUGAGCCCAUGUACUGGAACUGCAAGUAGAUUCCCAUCCUAAUAAAGGAGGGAAAGGACAAUUUAAUAUAAAUUUCUGUUUGCGCACUUCUGACAGGCCAUUAUUAUCUGCUUUGACAAAGUCUUUCUGAACAGCAGCGUACAAUGAAUCUUAAUGAUGUUAUGAAAUGGGCUUCGCCCAGGGCUCUUGAUUGGAGCUUCCGGUAUGUGAUAACGGUAUGUCAUGUAUGCUUGGAUGUACUCAACUGUGUUUAAUACUCUGAAUUUUAAUUAGAAAAAAUACAAUGGCAGCAAGGCCCUGGUUUCUAAGCGGCAUCCUUUUAUUCAUGCAGGACAUGAGAAACAGCAAAUCGGGGGUGGAGGGAGAAGUGUUUUCAGUGUUCAAAACUGAGCAAGUAUAAAUUUUUCAUGUAUUUCCAUCAGAGGGCAAGACACUAUUAUGUAUUAUCCUAAAGAAGAAUACAGAGGUUGAAUUAUGUUUUUAAGUGGCCUUAUGAGACUGAUCACAUGACCCAACGUGCUAUAGAAAACUAGGAUACUUCAAGUUUUUUCUGAAGAACAUUUUUUUUCCAUUUCCACUGUUUUAUGAGAGGUUUUCUAAUUUAUGGGGAUUUUAAUAGAAAAUAAACUUGAGUGCCAAUAGAGCUGUUUUUUCUCACUUCCUAAAAGGAGCAAAUGCAAAAUAAAUAACUAAGCAGCCUUUGUUUGGUUCUGAACCGUAUGUGGUGUAUUGUUAUCGGGUUCCAGCUUCCUUUAAACUAAUAAAGAAUACGAAAACUUG